UGACUUGUAAUACGUAAUUGAAAAAUAUUGCUGAGGACAUUUUGUUCAAGUAUGCCAAGGAGUACCGGUAAAUGGAGGAUGAUACAUGAUAUAAAUAUGAUUAUUUUUCAGGUGGUAUCGGCAAGUAUAUUGCCGAUUGGAUGAUGGAGGGGGAGCCACCUUACGAUCUGAAUGAGCUUGAUCAGGGUCGUUAUGGCAACUGGACAACAAAGGACUAUGUGAUGGCUAAGACAAGAGAGUCCUAUGGCUAUAAUAACCAAACUGGUCACCCCAAACUUGAACGACCAGCUGGACGUCCAGUAAGAAAGAAUGCUAUUUACGAGCGUCUCGUGGAGCGAGGUGCAGAAAUGGGAUUUCAUGUUGGUUGGGAGCAGCCAAACUGGUUUGCGCUUCCAGGUGACGAUGGAGGUUACAAGCCAAGUUUUCACAGGACAAACUGGUUUGAGCCAGUUGGGCGAGAAUAUGACUUGGUAUUGAACAAAGUUGGUGUUAUUGAUCUGACGCCAUUUGGGAAGUUUGAGGUGAAGGGCAAAGAUGCGUCGAGAUUUUUGGAUGUCAUGGUUGCUAAUGUUUUACCAAAGGUGGGCUGUACAAACAUCAGUCACAUGUUGAGUCCACGAGGCAGGGUGUAUGCUGAGCUCACUGUCUCCACCAUCACACCUGAACAUUACUUUUUGCUGACAGGAAGUUCUUCAGAGUUCCAUGAUCUCAGAUGGUUACUAGACUAUGCCAGGAAAGGAAAUUAUGAUGUCACCAUUGAAAAUGUCACAGAUGAUAUUUCAUGCCUGGGUAUUGCUGGACCACACUCCCGCAGUGUGUUGUCCAAGCUCACAUCAACAGACCUCAGUCACAGUGGGUUUAAGUUUUUGACGUUCAAAGACAUUGAACUGGCUGGUGUUCCUGUCCGUGCUAUGAGAAUUUCUUAUACUGGUGAGCUUGGAUGGGAGUUAUACCACAAGAACGAGCACACGGCCGCGUUGUACGAGGCUCUGUUGAGCGCUGGGGAGGAGUUUGGUAUUGGAGACUUUGGUACUUAUGCCAUGACGGCCUUAAGGAUUGAGAAGGGAUUUAGGGCCUGGGGACUAGAGAUGAAUAUGGACACCACCCCCCUGGAAGCUGGCUUAGACUACUUUAUCAAAUUUGACAAGGGUGUGGACUUUAUUGGACGAGAAAGCUUACUUAAACACAAGGAGAAUGGAAUCAAGAAAAAGCUCUGUAUGCUGGCAGUGGAGACAACUGAUGUGGAUCCUGAAGGCAAUGAAACCAUUUGGUUUGGAGGAAAGGUUGUUGGGAACACAACGUCAGGGACAUACAGCUACAGACUCAACAAAAGCAUCUCACUGGCUUAUUUACCACUGGAACUGAGUGAGAUAGGAUCGCGGGUGGAGGUGGAGCUGUUGGGUAGCAAGUGCCCUGCCAUUGUAGUCAAAGAGCCACUGUUUGACACAGAACCAGUGCGAACGAGAAGAGAACUGAAAGCCGCGAAGAAAGAGAAAACGGCGAUUUAAAACUCUGAAUAAUGACUUACGUGUAUGAAUGAUAGAUUUAAAAAAUGCGGAAUUUUCACUGGUGGGUAAACCGCAUUCUCAAAAUAUGUCCUGGAGCGAGAACGAAAAUCGCGAGAUUCCGCGCGCGAGGUCUCGCAGUUGUCGUGGAAGGGUUUUUAAUCACAAACCGAGUAGAUAACUUCGUGUUGUAAAAUUAAGUAGCUAACAUGUGAAGGGUACUUGACGAGAACGUCAUUUGUUGAAAAGUACAGACUCGAUGUGGUACAAAACCAGUUGAGGCUGACGGAUAUUUUGCAUGUUUAUAACAGAAGAGAAAAAAAAAAAAUCGGGAAAAAGGAAACAGUCACAUCCCCUUUCCCGGCUUCUUCCAGAGCGCUUCAAAUUUACCCUGCAUCUUAAGCCUGAACAGCAUUGAAAUUGACGGGGGGUGGGUAGGUAAACGAGAGCGCUAGACAAAUAGGUCAGUAGCAUUUUAAACGAACAGUAAGGGAGGAAAUAAGCAAACAAUAGUAGAAAAAAGGAAAAUCUGUUGGCAAAUGAUCUUAAACGAGAAACUUCACUGUAGUUAAUAUACCAAUUUAUCGUCCGUACUUCGAGAGGACAAGAAAAUGAAGUCCUCAAUACAUCUCUACUACCACUUCGUUGUUUUAACACCCUAGCAGACUAUUAUUUCGAGGUAGUUUGGUACAUAUCGCAAAUUUAUUUUCGUGGCGUUGAUCUUUUUAAAAUUAUGCUGACAUACUGGUGACUCUAAAAUAGAGGAGAGUGAAUAUUCUGCGUCAAACGUAUACCACGAAUAUUUCUUGUUUUACCGAGACAAAAAAAAAAUCCGAAUAAAUACAGUCAUGUUUCGCAUAA